UUUCUCCCAUGACCUGGGCCCCGUGCUGGGCGCAGAGAGACCCCGCCCAGGAGCUGAGUCCAGCGUGGGAGGCGGACGGGGCUCGCGCAGCGGGCUGUGUGGGUCUGGGCAGCUCCGGGGGGCACCCCGCCUCGGGGAGGGCCGCACCCUGGGCGGCGACACCUCCCUGGGUGCCGGCGGGGGAGGAAGUAAAGCUGAAAACGUGGUUCCUUCUGGAAGGGCAAGAAAGGCAGAUGAAGCGUCCCCAGUGGGGCUCGGGGACGUCGCAGCCCUUACGGGGCCUGGCGAGGCAGAGCCGAAGCGUUUGCGUUCCCUUUCGCCCUCCGAAGCACAGGACACAAUACUUUCCCAAGCAAACGGGAGGCGGACGUCAUCCCGGCCGGAAGGGCCGACGGCCUCAGAGGAGAAAGGCCCCGAGACCCCGGACCGCCACGCGGCUCCACCGCCCACCGAACCCCUAGUCUGGGCUGAGAUAGGCAAGGAGCGGCCGCCGGAUCCCAGGCCGCGGAGGCGGACGCCAGCCGCCGGUUUCCUAGCAACGCCCGCCCCCGCCCCCGCCCGGCGUGGCAGGGGCGGGGCCAGGCGGCGCCGUUGCUAUGGUAGCGCGUCCGCCGCGCCGGACGCGGGCAGCGCCGGCACUAGGCCGGCGCUCCCGGCCACUCGUGGGCAGCCUGGCGGCGUCCCUCCCGCCUCCGGGGCUCCCGCUCCGGCCCGGGGCACCCGCGCUGUCGGCCACCUUGGACGGCGCCGUGAGGCCGGCCUCUGUCCCGACCUGCUCCCGCGCCGCCGAGGCUAG